UAAGAAAUGCGACUCGACUCGUCAUUAGUUCAGGGCAUAGUUUACAGUGUCCUCCUUCAGCCGUCCAAAUUUUGUGUAGUCCCCGCCCUGCCAGCCUCAGUCAGCGCAGUAGUUUUUCAGCUCCACACGAUGUUGAACUACAGAAAUAACGGAAAGUAGGAGAACAAUACAUAGCCACACUGCAACAGCAAGGACAUGAGGUCACCUUCGAAAGUAACACAUUCCCAGCCGUUGUAAAAAAUAAUAAUAAUAUUUAAAAAAAGGCUACAGACGACAUACCGGAGCCAUGAUUCCCCUGACGGAGUUCCGCCAGUUCUCGGAGCAGCAGCCAGCUUUCCGUGUGCUGAAGCCGUGGUGGGACGUGUUCACGGACUACCUCUCGGUGGUCAUGCUAAUGAUCGGAGUGUUCGGGUGCACCCUGCAGGUAAUGCAAGACAAAAUUAUCUGCCUUCCAAAAAGAAUGCCUGUUGUGAACCAAACAAUACCGUCGAUAAACCAAACAGAGGCCUCGGAGUCCACAUUAUCUCCUACAAACACCUUGCCAAUUGUCCAUGAAAUGAAGGGUUUAAAGACCGACCUGGACCUGCAGCAGUACAGCUUCAUAAACCAGAUGUGUUACGAAAAGGCACUGCACUGGUACGCCAAAUAUUUUCCCUAUCUGGUGCUCAUACACACCCUCAUCUUUAUGGUGUGCAGCAAUUUCUGGUUCAAGUUCCCAGGGUCCAGCUCCAAAAUAGAACACUUUAUUUCCAUCUUAGGUAAGUGCUUUGAUUCGCCUUGGACUACCCGGGCACUGUCUGAGGUGUCAGGGGAAAACCCUGAGGAGAAGGACAACAAGAAGAACAGUGCCGCUAGCCGGUCCAGCCUUAACAUUGCCACUACGGAAGGCAAUCUAGAGAAGUCACAGUCUCUCAGGUCCAUCCCGGAAAAGCUUGUAGUCGAUAAGCCUGCUGCAAGCGCCUUGGACAAGAAGGAAGGAGAACAAGCUAAGGCCUUGUUCGAAAAGGUAAAAAAAUUCCGCCUCCAUGUUGAAGAAGGAGAUCUGCUGUAUAUCAUGUAUGUUCGUCAGACUGUUCUUAAAGUUCUGAAGUUUCUCUUGAUCAUUGCCUACAACAGUGCCCUGGUGUCAAAAGUGCAGAUAACUGUUAAAUGUGACAUGGAUAUUCAGGACAUGACCGGAUACAAAAACUUCUCAUGCAAUCACACAAUGGCUCACUUGUUCUCCAAGCUGUCUUAUUGUUACUUAUGUUUUGUUGGUGUUUAUGGAUUCAUAUGUCUUUACACUUUGUACUGGUUAUUCUACCGCUCUCUCAAAGAGUACUCCUUUGAGUAUGUUCGGCAGGAGACUGGGAUUGAUGACAUCCCUGAUGUAAAAAAUGAUUUUGCCUUCAUGCUGCACAUGAUCGACCAGUACGAUCCUCUUUACUCCAAGAGGUUUGCAGUGUUUCUGUCUGAAGUAAGUGAGAAUAAACUGAAGCAGCUGAAUCUGAACCACGAGUGGACCGCAGAGAAACUGCGGCAGAGGCUGCAGGUCAAUCCAAACAACCGGCUGGAGCUGCAGCUCUUCAUGCUCGCUGGCCUUCCGGACACCAUCUUCGAGGUGAUCGAGCUCCAGUCCCUGAAGCUGGAGAUCAUCAAUAAUGUUACAAUACCGGCCUCCAUUGCCCAGCUCGAGGACCUCCAAGAGCUCUCCCUUUACCAGUGCUCCCUCAAAAUUCAUAGCGCUGCCACGUCCUUCCUGAAGGAGAACCUGAAGGUGCUGCGGGUGAAGUUCGAUGAUGGCAGGGAGUUGCCCCAUUGGAUUUAUAGUCUGCGCAACCUGGAGGAGCUCCACCUGAUUGGCUCCUUGAGCUCGGAGACCUCCAAGAAUAUUAUCCUGGAGUCCCUACGUGAGCUGAAGUCCCUCAAGAUACUGACCCUGAAGAGCAACUUCACUAAAAUCCCCCAGUCCAUUGUGGAUGUGUCUAGCCACCUGCAGAGCCUGUGCAUCCACAAUGAUGGCACCAAGUUGGUUAUGAUGAACAACCUGAAAAAGAUGAUCAACCUGACCGAACUGGAGUUAGUGCACUGUGAUCUGGAGCGCAUUCCUCAUGCCGUGUUCAGCCUCGCCAACCUGCAGGAGCUGGACCUGAAAGAAAACAAUCUCAAGUCCAUUGAAGAGAUCCUCAGCUUCCAGCACCUGCGCAAGCUCACCUGUCUCAAGUUGUGGCACAAUGCCAUCACCUACAUUCCAGAGCACAUAAAGAAACUGGGUGGCUUGGAGCGCCUCUACUUCAGCCACAAUAAGAUCGAGGUCCUCCCCUCUCACCUUUUCCUCUGUAACAAGCUUCGCUACCUGGAUCUAUCCAACAACGACAUCCGCUUCAUCCCGCCCGAGAUCGGAGUCCUCCAGAGCCUCCAGUACUUCUCUGUCACUUGUAACAAGAUCGAGAACCUCCCAGACGAGCUCUUCUUCUGUAAAAAGCUAAAGACUCUCAAACUGGGGAAGAACACUCUGUCACUGCUCUCACCAAAGAUUUCAUACUUGGUCUUAUUGACGCACUUAGAACUCAAGGGCAACCACUUUGAGGGUCUACCGGCAGAGCUGGGCUUCUGCAGGGCUCUGAAGCGCAGUGGUCUUGUGGUGGAGGAUGCCCUCUUUGAGACACUGCCUUCAGAUGUUAGGGAACAAAUGACUGUUGAGUGAUCCUCGACUCUCUCAAAAACACCAAAUAUCUAAAUACGACAAUGCUAACUGCUGCAUUGUAGCAGUUACACCUGGUUUAUACCUUUCAAUAGUUUUAUUUACUUAUGUGUCAUUUGGGUUUUUUUGGGGGGCGGGGGUUUUUUUGUUAGGACAUUUUUUACUUGUAUCAUCUUUUGAAAAUGAUUAGUCAUUUUUUACAAAAACCUUGAAACAGGCAUAGCCUUAUAGUUGUAUAUAGUUGACUUAAACUAAAUAGAAAGGGAAGCAUUUGGUAAAAGGAAUUCCUGUUGUAAGGCUUAGGUUACUGAUGCACUCAAACAGAACGUGAGUUCUUGGUAAAUGUUUAAUGUUCACUAUGUGCGUGGUGUAGUCUGCACAGCUUAAGACAAAUACUGUGUCACACUGGAUAUGUUUGUUUCAACUACAGUUCUGUUCAUACAAAUGUUUUUCUUGUUAUUUUGAAUCACCAUAUUCCAAAUAAGGGAUUAUGCUUAUCUAGUUGUCUCCCUUUACUGAUGUUACUAUUCAAACACAAUAUUACUCAUAUUACUGCUGCUACUACUCUACAAUCACACUUUCAAUAAAGCAACACAAGUAUUAUACACGCCAUGGUGUACAAUAUGCCUGUCUUUGAAAUGAUUGAAUUAUUAAAAUAUAUUAUUGAUAUAACGUCUGGUCGUAUAUGGACCUCACCAUACAUUUGCACUGUAAAACUACUCAAAAUAUAUGUAUCUGUAUUCAUUCAAGACCUACAAUAUAUGUUUGUUGUCAACAGUUGAAUGUGAUUACAUCACUCUUUCUGUUUUAAGGCUUUUUAAGAAGUUUGUUCACAUAUCUAUGUGCGGAACAUCACGCUACAACCAUUGGACAAUCAGCGAUGCUGCUUUUGUUAUUUAACCGACUACCUGAUUGGUCAUUUGCUCCUCUGACACUCCCAAUGCAAAUUUUACUCCAGGCCAUGUUUCAAUAUCCAUUGUGAUAAUGGUCUAUUUGGUUUACGGAUGAGACAGAGAAUAUAAUGGUCUACUAUGAUCCCCGCGUCUCAGGUUGUUAUUAUAUUAAGCUAGCACAUUUCUGAUUGUUAUGCUUUAUGUUCAUGUUCAAGACAAUCAUAUAUCCCUGCAGCUAUUGAUUUGUCAGUCUGUGAUUCAUUCAUGACAGUACUGUACAGAAACAUUCCCAACACCAAGGGCAGUAUUAGCAGACAUAUAUGGGAUUGGCCUUGUAACCUAAAGGUCACAAGUUCGAUUCUCAGGUAGGACACUGUUGUUGUACCCUUGAGCAAGGUACUUAAUCUGCAUUGCUUCAGUAUAUAUCCAGCUGUAUGAAUGGAUGAAAAAAAGUUGUGUAAGUCGCUCUGGAUGAGAGUGUCUGCUAAAUUCUUGUAAUGUAAUUUAUUGCCUUGCAAUUUAAAAUCAAACCAUAUGAUUGCCAAAAUGUCUACUGUCUACCCUGUACUGUAUCUAUUUGGCAUGCUUUUUUCAUAUACUGUAGAAGAUUGAAGGAAUAAACAUUUAUUUUUAGAAAUCU